AUUGACAUUCGGACACCUUCGUUGGUCAGUAUUGAUUCAACAUUUUCCCAUGCAAGGUGCCUGAGUUACCAAUAUGACGACUGCGAGUUUACCAAGAGUUCCCGAGGGACUGCGGGACCUAAUGAAGGUCUAUACCAAGGAGGUGUUACGUGAAAAGCCGGCUGAUUUGUAUGGCUUUUCGGCCAGCUUUUUCAACAUGAUUGUGGGUGAAAAAUCACAUCAAUCGGUGCGAAAAUACGAACCGGUGCAAACUUACGAAACCAUCAUGAAAAACCGCAUACGUCAGCAGGUUCCUCUGUCCAUGGUGUUUAAUAUAAUACCAGAAAAACUCACCGACCUCAUCAAACAGUUUAUAAAAGCAGUUUUGAGAGAAAAACCGGACAAUAUAUACAUAUUCGCACAGGAGUACUUUCAGCGGAUGUCCAAGGAAAAGUCGGGUCGAAUUGAGUACAGCAAGUACUCGUCCUACGAAAAGUCAUUGAAGGACAAAGGGAACCUAACUCCUGCAACGAAAGUAACCUGUGAGUGUGGUCGAGUACUGAGUGCGAAUAGAAAGGAUGUGGAAAACACUGCAUCCGUAUAUACAGACAACAAAUUAGCCGAGGCCGAUCAGCGAGAAUUUUCCAGCAGAAUUACCUAUAUACAAUCGGUCGUCAUCAUUCAAAGGCAUUUUCGUCGAUAUCUCAACGAGCGGAAAAUAGGUCGCGAAAAGGAUAAAUGCAAUAGCGUGGAGUAUGUGGCAGCUAUCCUACUGAUUCAAAGGCAGGUGCGUCGUCAUUUGGCCAAGAAGCGAGUGGAAAAACUUAAAAAUUCACAUGACGCACAAAAAUCCGAUGCUAAACCCAAAGCUGCCGACUAUAUGAAAGCCGUUGUCGUCAUUCAACGACAUUAUCGCAUAUAUUUGAAAAGGAAGGAGGAGCAAAAUCGAUUGAAACACGGCCCAGUAUCCUUAGCAACAGCAGCCAUCAUAAUCCAGAGAGCCUACCGGCGAAUGGUGGCACGACAUAGGGCCAAAAGAACCACAUCCACCGUCACAGAUCAGGCCGAGGAACUCAAUGACAAUGCCUCCGAGACGGGAUCCUACACAUCCGUCUCCACCGCUCUGCUCUCAACGGAGUCCACGGAACUGGGAAUGGCGAACUUCGAGGAACGAGUCCAUCAAAAAAUAAUUCACGAGGACGAGGAAGUGGAGAACAGUAAUGUUGAUGCCGGCCUUGAGAAGGAGUAUUUUGCGGAAGCCAUUAAGGGCGAACAAAAGUCGAUAAAUUUACGGAAAAGCGAAAUUCUUAGCGGCGCCCUAAUUGAAAGCAUGAUUUGCAAACCAGAUUCGCAAAACAUCAAGGAUUUGAAUAACGAAUCAAAAGAAUUCGAUGUUGAGUUAGAGAACGAGCAUCAACCGGCUAAACUUGAAGAGCACAUUACUGAGGAGAAGAGAACUACUGAAGAUUCUGAACCGGAAUUUAUAGUUGAUAAUAAAACAAGUCUAGAUCUGGUAACGAUACCUCAAGUCGAGGUAAAAGCUGAAAAUAAAAGUAUAGACCAUCAGUCAAGUGAGGAUCAAUUAAAAUCUAAUAAAACCAGCUUGGAUACAGAACUGGAAACGCAUGAGGACUCCAAAGAUAAACCACUUGCAAAUGACUUAGAUCCAAAAACUGAUGAUGCAAAUAAAGCUGAAGACUCAAGCAGUGAUCUUCAUAAAGAAAGUCGCGAAGAAGACAGCGCAUUGCAUAAUAACAUUAAGAAAAAAGAAAGUGAAGAUGUACAAGAAAAUAUUGUGGAACCGGCUAUCCCUUCAUCCGAUGAACCGACAAACGAGGAAAAAGAUUACACCAUUAUUUCGUCCAAUGAAACUAUUCCGCCGCCUAAAAUUCAAAAUUCUGAAAGUCAAUUACAGGAAGUUCCACUUAAAAACAAAAUUACUCCCACAGUUUCAAUUGAAAUUGAGCAUGUUGAAGAUAUUUUGGAAGAUUCAUCAGCAAGUCCCCAUGAUUCUAAAGCUAACAAUCUAACUGAAGGGAUCUCUGUAGCAGAAGAGCCUGAAAGUAUCCCCAAAGUAGAAGUAGAUAGCUUGAAAAGCAUCCUUAUCAAUCAUAAUCAAGAAGUUUGUGAGCAAGAAACUUCUUUUGAAACUUUAGAUGACAACAAUUUGGAAGUAUCUCUAGAAACGCAAAAUGCAGUUUCAAAUAAGAAGACCCAGUCUUCAGAUACACUUGAAAAGAUUAGAGAAAAGAGAAGUAUUGAAGAUGAAGACAAUGUUCGAUCGAAUUCGAAGUCUCAGGAUGUGUUGAUUACCGAAAGCCCAGUUGAUCAGGAAGACCAAAAACUGGAGUUGGAUGGAAAAUCGGAAAUAAUAUCUGAAGUGGAAGAUAUGCCGAAAACAACACCAAAUACAAAAGAUGAUGAAGUUUCCGGCAGUACUGAUAAAGUAGAGAUAAAUAAAGAAGAGCCAUUAGAUGACAUCGUUGAGUUACCAAAUCAUGAAAUAACAUUGAACAAAGUGCUCGAAGCUGUAUCGGAAAAUAGCCAAGAACGAAUGGGGGACUUACCAUCUGAAGAUAAAAUUGUUGAACAUAGUACUUCAAGCUUAGCAAAGGAAUGUGAGCUGCCAAAAGUAGAGAAAGAGUCAAAAUCAAUGGAUGAUUUAGAGGCAACGAAAGAGGUCCUUGGAGAUAUAUUACUUUCCGAAACUGAUUUGUCCAAACAAAACAUUAAAGAAAAUGUAGAAGAAUCGGAUAAACCUCAUUCUGAUGACUCCCUAGCACUAGAAAACUUAAAGGAUAAAAUAAAAAUGAUGUCACAAGAGGAAGUGACUCCAAUAGAAUCUGAAAGUUCAGAAACUAAGGGAUCAUCUACAGAUAAAACCAGCAUUUUCAGUAAAAAUAAUUCCGAAGAAACUAAUAAUGAAUCACAAAAUGUCGAUGACAUUACUGAACGGACUAAGUUGAAAAAUGAAACAGAUCUAUUGGACUCUCACAUUUCUGCGACAUCCUCAGAAGUUCAAGAUGAUAAUGAAGAUAUUAUACCCAAUGAAAGUAAUAUUCAGGACACCGCAGCUAGCACAGAACUCUCUGUCAUUGAUGGUGAAAUAUCAAUUGGGAAAUCUGAAAGUUUAAAAGCUGAACCACAACAUUCCGAAACGGAGCAAGUUGAAAAUCAAGAAAUGGAGAACGAAGCUACUGAAAUAGGUAAAAAAAUACCGGAACACCCCGAUGCUAAUGCUAAAGACUUAGAAUCCUAUAAAGAAACGGCUCCAAUCAAUUUGGAACCUGAGAAAGUUGAAGAUGAGAUUGAGGAAUUGAAAACUGAAUCUAAACAAUCGGAGGAGAAAACUAUUCCAACCAAACCUGUGCCUAUGAAAGCCGAAGAUGCCAAAAUUACGAAAAAUUCAAAGGAAUCUUCAGAUGAUGCAGAAGACGAAAACAAAGCCGUUGAAAAAAUAAUAUAUAUCACAGAAAACGUAGUGUCUGCUUCAUUUGAAAAACCGCCUUCCUCAGAAAAAGAAAAAUCAACUUCACUUGAUGAAAAACCUUCAUCAGAAAAAGACAAGUCAACUUCACUUGAUGAAAAACCUUUAUCAGAUAAAGAAAAGUCAACUUCCCUUGAUGAAAACCGUCCAUCAGAAAAAGAAAAGUCAACUUCACUUGAUGAAAAACCGUCAUCAGAAACAGAAGUGUCAACUUUAUUUGAAAAACCGCCUUCAUCAGAAAAAGAAAAUUCAACUUCACUUGAUGAAAAGCCUUCAUCAGAAAAAGAAAAUUCAACUUCAUCAGAAAAAGAAAAGUCAACUUCACUUGAUAAAAACACCGAAGAGGAUCUUUUCCAAGAAUCCCAAAAAGUUGAUGAGGAAAUGUCCAAGGAAAAAGCUGCCAUUGCAGUUGUUGACUUACCUGCUACAAAUAAGGGGGAAUCUGUUAAUAGCCCGUUAGAUAACAAACCCAGUUCAAAGGAAUUGCAGGACAUACAAGAUGAAGCUAGUACCGACAAGGAAACGGGGGAACCAUUCAACUUGUCUGCUGAAAAACACAGUGAAUCUGAAACAUCUAAUAAACGUAGCGAUACACCAAGCAAAGAUAUUGAAAAAGAAGAUAGUAUAGAUCACACAAAAGUAAUUGAAAAUAUUAAGACCACUGAUGUUGAUGACUUGGUGCUCGAAGAUGAUUCUUCAAGCGACCCAGCAAAACCUGGAAAUCCCGAAACGGAAACUACCAAAAAUAUCAUGGAAAAAGAAAUUGAGGAAGCAAAGGACGAAGACGACUCACGCCAAAAACCCGAACAGAGAAACUCUACAUUGCUUGUAUCUAAUCAAUUAAUUGGCACCCAAAAUUUACCUACUAACCAUAUUGAGAUUGAAAAGAUCACCAAGAAGUUAUCUAGCCCUAGUGUAAGAGAAAAAGAUAUUGGCACCCUAACAUCGGGACGACUUGUGCCCACACCCAUAGCUGAGUUGCAGCUCAAGUCGUUCAAGACUCCCAACGACGAUGGCGCCUGGUAUGAUAUAUAUGUGGAGCCCAAGGUAACCGGUGAAAGGGAUUUGGUGGUCCCUCCAGCUCCGGUUGAAACCAAAAGACCGGAUUCGGGGAAAGAAGUAGCUUCUGUAGUAGAAGAACCUAUGAUAAUCUCAGAAAGAGCUCCAAGUUACUAUAUUCCCAAGGAAAUAGAGGAAACUGUAAAACCAAAACCAAAGAAUUCAGUUUCAUUUUUUGUGUCAUUCGAUUCUGAUGAUGGAAAACCCAAAUACAAGAUACCGAAAAGAUUUCAAAAUCAACCGAGUAAAGAUGCUAAGGAAGAAAUUAAAGAUAUUGAAACUACUCAAUCGGAAUCAGAUAUCGAUUCCAACGAGGAGGAAAUUGAAAUUAUUGAAGUUUCAGAAGGCGAUCCUGAAUAUCAGCAAACCGGCGGAACUAAACUACAAACCAUAUUGGAACUCGAUAAUGAAAAUGAGAUGACCAAUGAAUUUAACAGUCAAGGACAAUCCUCAGAACUAAAUAUGAAUGAAAGUAAUGUAGUGAAACCAAAAUCUCCUACAAAUUCAAUUAAUGAAUUUGAGACAGCUUAUAAAACAGACAUUUUGAAUAUCACAAGAUCUGUGCAAAUCAUAGAAAGAGCUUACAAACGGUUCAAGAAUAGGUCUUCUUUAAAAAGUGAGCCUGGCAAUGCAUCUGAUUUUGAAAACCAAAACAGAGCUGCAAUAGUUAUUCAAAAGUGGGUUAGGAAUACCCUAAAGCAGAAAGCUUAUGAUACUCAAAAAUCGAAACAAAGUCUUGCUGCGAGGAAGAUUCAAAGAGCUUAUCGAAGAUACGUUGAAAAGGCAAAACAAAGGACUCAAAAACAAGAAAUGGCUGCACUCAUUAUUCAAAUGGCAUUCAAACGAUAUUCUAAUAAGAUCCGCACGGAACUUAAUAAAACUCAAUCUUCAGUUGACACAGAACUAGAGCAAAAUAAUGCAGCUUCUAAAAUUCAAAGGGCUUAUAGAAGGUAUCUGAAACUACAAUCAGAAAGACAUCAAGAUGCUGGAAUUUCAGUAAAAGAUGAUUCAAGCUCACUUAAAUCGGUAAAAUUACCCGCAAAAGCCGAAAUGGGGAAUAAAUUUAAUUCUAAUAACGAACAUAGUUUAAUCCCAAUUCACAAUCAAGAAGUAGAUGAUUACCCAGAAAUUAUAAACGAAUUGCAACCUGAAGAGCUUAACGAUGUUCUAAAGAAAGCCGAAACCGAAUCAAAUUCAAUUCUUUUGUCUGAUUUAACUAAAAAACACAAAGAGAUAAAAGAAUUAAGGAGGGAAGGGUCUCAGGAAGAAGAAGACCCUCCGAUUGUCAUUUUAAGCAAAGUUAAUUUGGCAAGUGUAUCUGCAGAAGUUAAGAAACCUUUGGCUGCAUUGGAAUUGCCAAGAGAAAAUGAAGAGCAGGUUGUAGAAACAAUUUCAAAACCAAUAAAUUUGACACAAUUAAGUGAAGAGCCUAAAAGAGUAAAAGAAUUAAAGUCGGAUGAGUUCAGAGAAAUAGAAAACAUUUCAAAAGUGAAUUUAGAUCAAACGAAUUCGACAAAAUCGCCUGAUAAAGAGAUUGAAGAAUUACAGCCAAUGGAACUAACAGAAAAAUUAGUAGAGAUAGAAAAACCGUCAGAGGAAAUGAAAACUGAACUGUCGAAUCUAUCUCAGGCAAGUCCCACUCAUCCAUUGAAGGAUGAUCUCGUAGGAAAGUCAAGUGCAGCUCUAAUAAUACAAAGAGCGUUCAGGCAGUACAUAGAAAGAAGAAAACUUGAUCAUUUCGAGGAUAGCUCCAUUGACUCCAUUACCAGUUCCCGCAUAACGGCCAUAGAGACCGCAAACUAUCCAGCUGCUGGAACACCAUCACGAAGUUUAAUUCAGGAAGCUAUCGGAGAUGCAGAAGAUACUUCAGAAGAUACUUCUAAGAUCCAACCGAAGUCCGAGUGGUUUGUGGGAUCAACUCGCAUAAUACCAAGCCAGGGAGUCGUUGAAGGACCUGUUGAGGUGGAAACGAAUCCGGAUCCAGCUGCAAUUGCAACCACAAGUAAAGCCGAGCUAACCACCAGCACGCAAGUAGAAUCAGUUGAAACAGUAGAUAGAACGCAUGGCUCGCUUGAAUCUAAAUUAAAUCCUGGUACCAUAAUCGAUGACUGCCUAGGCGAUGCAUCCGAAAAGGAUAAUGCAAUCUCUUCUGGUUUAGCAGGUUUAGCGGAAGCUUCUGAAGCUCGGCUUGAUUCAGUGGAGGAUCCCCUUCUCCUAUCGCAAUCUGAUUUUGGCGGGCUCGUACAGUCUCUGGACAUCGCCUCAACUCAAGAACUGCUCAAUGAUUUUCUGCAAAACGAGAUUGAAUAUUCUUCUAGACAAGGACCGUUUCCAAGUGCGAAACUUCUUGAUGAAGUUAUUGAGGAACCUUGUAUAAAAAGAACCGCUUCGCUGGUUAAUGUUUCCGAAUGUGAAUCAGAAUCGGAUAUUGCUAGUCAAAAAGUCGAGAAUACAGAUUCUUCUCUAUCUGAAACUGCGGGCCUGGACACACUUUCUGCAGAUACAAUAGACAAAGCAACUAUUAAGUUAUCCAAGCCAGAGGAAGUAAUUGAAAAAAUGUCCCAGCUUCGUGACUCGAAGUCCCACGAGAGGAUUUCCUCAGCAGAUCCCAGUUUCGAUGAGCCUGUGAUCCGACCAAUAAGUUCUCUGCAGGAGCAAUCCAGCUUGGACAUCGAGGAUGGAGAUAUAAUCGUAUACAACCGGCUGCAGAGGGAUGAAACUAGGGAGAGCUCUGCUCAAAGCGAUUCCGUGGUCUUUGGUGAUGCAGUGUCCGAAAAUAACCAAGAGAAGGAGUUGCUCAAUGAGGAGGAGUCCGGAAGGGUGCAUUUGAUGAGGCACUACACCAUCGCAGGAGAUGAUCCGCGAGGACUAUUCAGAUCUGUGACCAUCGAUGAUGCUCUGAGUUAUGUGGAAAACGGAGCUAAUGGCAUGGGUGCAAGCAGUUUCUGUUUGGACGACGAGACUUCGGAGAACAUUCGAAAGAAGAUGAUGGCCUACUCGUUGUCUGAAACGGAUUCCGAUUACUUUGAUCCGAAAAAGGUCAGUAGCGAGGAUUUUGAAAUUGACACGGCCAUGGCGGAUGCCAUGGGCACAUCCACUGAAACGGAAUCCACAAUUGUUUCGGCGGCCACGAAGAUUCAGGCCGGAGCUCGUGGCUUCCUUACCAGGCGAAGAUUACGGCGGGCCAGUGCUGGCACCAAGUCAUCCACUUUGGACACCAAGGCAUCCUUUGGCAACGAUGCGAUCAGUGAGUCCUUGGAACGAUUCAUCGAGGAGGAGGCGGCCAAGAAGAUACAAACCGCAUACCGGAUGCACACACGAAAGCGAAAGGGUCAUAGCCGGAAAAUGGAAGGCAUCAGCUUGGAGAGCAACCUGGCCGCCAGGCGCCAGAAGUUGCAGCGCGGGGAUGCACUGCGAAAUGAUUCCACUCCGGAUGAUGAAAACAGUUUGAUAGUCAGUGGGGUCAAAGCCCAAAGAAAUGCAAAAACCCAGAGAAGCAAGACCGUUGGCGAGGUUAAGUCCAGCGCUGACAUGGAGUUGAUGUGGCUGAAAAUGAGGCAGAACUCAAUGCCCGUGCAAAUCGAUUGCGAAGUUUUCAGAGUAAUCCCCAAACAUAUGCGAAAACGCAUCAAAAGCGCCGAGGCGAACAAAAGAAAAUAAAGUAUACGACGAAUUGUAUAAGUAUAAACGCUGAACUAUAUCUAAAUAAAAUAUAUGUAUUUAAUCUGAAA